AGACGUGCCUCAGUGUUAGAUAUCCCCUGUGCUGGCCCGAAUGUCUCUGAGAUGACAGUUGUGGGAAUGGAGAACGUGGAAGUCUUCCCUUCCGAGGGCAAAGGCCGGGGUCUGAAGGCCACUAAGGAGUUCUGGGCUGCGGAUGUCAUCUUUGCUGAGCGGGCCUAUUCUGCAGUGGUUUUUGACAGCCUGGUUGACUUUGUGUGCCACACCUGCUUCAAGAGGCAGGAGAAGCUGCAUCGCUGUGGGCAGUGCAAGUUUGCCCAUUACUGCGACCGCACCUGCCAGAAGGAUGCCUGGCUGAACCACAAGAACGAGUGCUCGGCCAUCAAGAGAUACGGGAAGGUGCCCAAUGAGAACAUCAGGCUGGCGGCGCGGAUCAUGUGGCGGGUGGAGAGAGAGGGCACUGGGCUCACGGAGGGCUGCCUGGUGUCUGUGGACGACCUGCAGAACCACGUGGAACACUUCGGGGAGGAGGAGCAGAAGGAGCUGCGGGCGGACGUGGACACUUUCUUGGAGUACUGGCCGCCUCAGAGCCAGCAGUUCAGCAUGCAGUACAUCUCACACAUCUUUGGAGUGAUUAACUGCAAUGGCUUCACUCUCAGCGACCAGCGAGGCCUGCAGCCAGUGGGCGUGGGUAUCUUCCCCAACCUGGGUCUGGUGAACCAUGACUGUUGGCCCAACUGUACUGUCAUAUUCAACAAUGGCAAUCAUGAGGCAGUGAAAUCCAUGUUUCAUACCCAGAUGAGGAUUGAGCUCCGGGCCCUAGGCAAGAUCUCAGAAGGAGAGGAGCUGACAGUGUCCUAUAUCGACUUCCUCAAUGUCAGCGAAGAACGCAAGAAGCAGCUGAAGAAGCAGUACUACUUUGACUGUACAUGUGAGCACUGCCAGAAAGGGCUGAAGGACGACCUCUUCCUAGGGGUGAAAGAUGACCCAAAGGUACACACAGUGGUGAAAUUAUGUCGGGAGUGCCUGCAGAAGCAGGAGCCAGUGUUUUCAGAUACCAACCUCUAUGUGCUGCGGAUGCUGAGCAUUGUUUCAGAGGUCCUCUCUUACCUCCAGGCCUUUGAGGAGGCCUCGCACUAUGCCAGGAGGAUGGUGGAUGGCUAUAUGAAGCUCUACCACCCCAACAAUGCCCAACUGGGCAUGGCCAUGAUGCGGGCAGGGCUGACCAACUGGCAUGCUGGUAACAUUGAGGUGGGGCACGGGAUGAUAUGCAAAGCCUACGCCAUUCUCCUGGUGACUCAUGGACCCUCCCACCCAAUCACCAAGGACUUAGAGGCCAUGCGAGUGCAGACAGAGAUGGAGCUGCGCAUGUUCCGCCAGAACGAGUUCAUGUACUACAAGAUGCGUGAGGCCGCCCUGAGCAACCAGCCCAUGCAGGUCAUGGCUGAGCCCAGCAAAGAGCCAGCCCCAGCCCUGUUCCAUAAGAAGCAGUGAGGACCUGCCUUGAAGGGGUGUGGCAACAUAACUGGGGAACUGGGGAGACUCUGGAGGCAGUGGUCUCUGGAGAGACCCUUGGUGAAGAAGUUGGGGGUAAUGCUUAACGUUGUUGCUGUGGGAGCACACUGCCCUAUGUUCCCCAGUGUCAUUUUGGUUCAAUUCAACUCAAUUCAAUUUCCUUUAACUCUAUCCUCCUCUCCCUGCUCCCAGCCUAGAAGUUUUUGUUGGGUUCUGGGCCCUGGAGAUAAAGGAAGUCCAAAUGCCAAUGGGAGGCAAAAUGGAAACAGACAAUUAAAGCACAGUGUAAUAAAUGUAACAGUAACUGCCUGGAGAGAGGAGGCACAGAGGAGGGCCUGUGUGUGAUGUGCACGUGUGGUGGGUGUGUCACAGAGGACAUCCUCCCUGUGAUGUGGUUUCUCAGUCUCCUUCACUGGCUGUGUUUCUGUGCGUGCCCCAGUAUGUUGGCAGCUCCUGGAGUUGGUUUUGUCCUUGGUUCAUUCUUAUCUCACUCUACACACACUCUCUAGAUGAGCUCAGCCAAGUCCUUGGUUUAAUGACCACCUUGAGACUGAUGAGUCUCAAAUCUGUAUUACCCAGCCUUGCUCUUGAAUUCUAGCCACAUACACCCUCUGAUGUUUUGCAGGCAGAUCAAACUCAGCAUGUCCAAAGGGAAACUCUUUUUUCUUUUCCCCUUCCCCAAAAUCUGAUCUUCCUUAGCACACCACACAAGAACAUCAUGACUGGACACCUGACUUCUCCUUUUCUAAGCACUUCCUGAUUCCCUACUGCAUCUUCUACUUCAGGCAAACCCAGUCUCUCUUGGGUCCCUGAAUGAACCAUGUUCUGCAGUUCCUCUCUUUGAAUUUUGAAACAUUCUGUCUAAAAUUCCUAAGAGCUGGUCAAUUCCUAUUCAUCCGUCAACACCGAGGUGGGGAAUCACGCUUCUGUGAAGCUUUCUUUGAAUGGCCGAGAUUGAGCUGGCUGCCUAUUUAAGUCUCUCAUGUCAUCCUUAAGCUCCCCAUCAUAACAUUCUUCUCAGCAUCGUAGUUGCCUUUUUCCUUGUCUGCCUCUUCUUUCAGACUGAGUUUCUGGAGGUCAGGGACUAUAUCCCUUUGUUCAUCUUUCUAUCCUCAGCACCUAGCACAGGUCCUGAAACAUAGUUGGUGCUCAGUAAGUUGUAUGUUGAAUGGUUGGAUGAAUGAAUGAAUGAGUUUGCUUAUCUAAGAGCAAAAGGGGCCCGAAACUGUGUAUUUGGAGUUUUUAUGUUAAAGAAGUCCGCAAAGCGCAUUAAACCUCUGUGUUUACAAGAAAAUAGAUGUGGCUUCUUUCUUUCUGACAAUUUUUUAAGAGCAGUGUUAACAGAAUUUUCUGUGAGGAUACAAAUGUUUUACAUCUUUGCCGUCCAAUAUAGCAGCCACUCACAAAUGUGACUGCUGAGCCUUGAGAUGUGGCUAGUAUAACCGAGGAACUGAACUUUUAAUUUUAGUUAAUUUCAGUUUAAAUAGCCACUAGUCAAGGGAAUCAAAUUGGCUACAUCUGU